AUGAAGUUCCCUAAGAUCUACAACACGUACUUUGUGGCGUUUAUCGCCACCGUUGGUGGAAUGUUGUUCGGGUUUGAUAUUUCCUCCAUGUCCGCAAUCAUCGGUACGGAUCAGUACAAAGAAUAUUUUGAUAACCCGGCUGGUCUCCGCCAGGGUGCUAUCGGCUCUUCCCUCGCUGCGGGAUCGGUGGUGGGCUCCGCCAUGGCAGGGUUUGUCUCUGACAAGAUAGGUCGCCGCGAUUCAAUUGCGUUUGCUUGUGUUUGGUGGCUUGCUGGGACCGCUAUCCAAACGGCAACAAAUGGCUUUGGGUCAUUGAUUGCUGGGCGCGUCUUGAACGGAGUUUGCGUUGGAAUUACUAGCUCGCAAGUACCUGUCUACCUUGCAGAGAUCGCCAGGAAGGAGAAGCGUGGGCAGCUCAUUGUCAUCCAACAAUUGGCAAUCGAAUGGGGUAUUUUGAUCAUGUAUUUUGUAGGAUAUGGCUGCCACUACAUCGAUGGAGACGCCUCUUUCCGGACUGCCUGGGGAAUUCAAUUCGUCCCUUGUGUCUUCCUUAUCAUUGGCUUGCCAUUUCUUCCGCGCUCUCCUAGAUGGCUUGCCAAGGUCAACCGUACCGAGGAGGCUAUCGAGACCCUCGCCAAUAUCCAGGCUGGUGGUAACCGUGACGACCCGCUUGUCGUUGCCGAAUGGGAGGAAAUCACGACCGUACUUCAGGCGGAGCGCGAUGCCUAUCCCGGCUGGCGCAAAUUCGUGUACAACGGCAUGUGGAAGCGAACCCUCGCUGGCUUUACAGUGCAAAUGUGGCAGCAAAAUUCGGGAGCUAACGUGAUGACCUAUUAUGUUGUGUAUAUCUUUAUGAUGGCAAACUUGACGGGCAACAUCAACCUUAUUUCCUCCGGCAUCCAGUACGCACUUUUCAUUAUCUUCACAACUUUCAUUUUCUUCUACAUUGAUAAGACCGGUCGCCGGCCACUCCUUAUAUACGGCGCCCUUCUCAUGGGGGCUUGCCAUUUUGUCGUCGCCGGUAUUCUUUCAUCUGGCGAAUACGUUCCUGGGGGCGUUGACGGCGACGAAAAUGUGUUGAUACGAGUGGUGGGAUCAAAAUCCCAUACUGUCAUCGCAUUUUCGUAUUUGCUUAUUAUUAUCUACGCAUUGACCUUAGCACCCGUGUGCUGGGUCUACGCAGCAGAGGUCUGGUCUCUUGAAACCCGUGCCAAUGGUAUGGGUAUCGCGGCGAUUGGCAACUGGCUCUUCAACUUCGCCCUGGGCCUAUAUAUCCCGCCCGGAUUCCAGAAUGUGACGUGGAAAAUGUUUCUGAUAUUCGGCGUCAUGUGUAUCCUCGCUGCCGUACAUUUCUUCUUUACAUACCCUGAGACCUGCGGAAAGACGCUUGAAGAGAUUGAAGAGAUGUUCGCACCGGGAGGACCGAAGCCCUGGCACACCAAGCCCGGCGACUCUAAGCUUGAUGCACACGUUGAAGAGGUCCGCGCACACAAUAAGCACAUCAACUUCGACACUAUGGAAAUCAGAUCUGGCGCUGACGUGGCUGACAAUACUGCUUGA